AAACGAUUUUCGCCUAUGGUAGCCGAUGCACAAAAGAGAAAGCAAUUUGUCAAAAGUGCUGUGAAAUUCCUUCGUCAAAAUCGUUUCGAUGGACUUGAUCUUGAUUGGGAAUAUCCUGCUCAUAGAGAUGGAGGAAAACCCCGAGAUAAAGAUAAUUAUGCGACUCUAGUUCAGGAAUUACGCGAAGAAUUUGAUAAAGAAUCCUCGAAAACAGGGAAGCCAAGAUUAUUAUUAACAAUGGCUAUACCGGCAGGUAUUGAAACUCUCGAAAAAGGAUACGAUAUACCAAGAUUGAACGAAUACUUGGAUUUUUUCAAUUUACUGUCGUAUGAUUAUCAUUCUGCAUAUGAGCCUGCAGCUAAUCAUCAUGCUCCUCUCUAUGGUUUAGAGGAAGAUAACGAGUAUAACUAUGAUAAUGAAUUGACUAUUGCUUACACAAUUAAAUACUUGACUCAAAACGGUGCAACAGCCGACAAGAUAGUAGUCGGUAUACCAACAUAUGGAAGAUCGUAUACUCUUAUAAAUGCUGAUGCCACUGAACUUGGAGCUCCUGCUGAUGGGCCAGGUGAAGAAGGUGAAGCUACGAGAGAAAAGGGUUAUUUAGCUUAUUAUGAGAUCUGUGAAAAUAUUGAUAAAAAUGAUUGGACUGUAGAAAAUCCUAAUCCCAAUGCCAUGGGUCCAUAUGCAUUCAAAGAUAAUCAAUGGGUAGGCUAUGACGACGAAGACAUUGUAAGAAAAAAAUCAAAGUUUGUAAACGAGCAAAAACUAGGUGGAAUCAUGUUUUGGUCAAUUGAUAAUGAUGAUUUCCGUGGUAAAUGCCAUGGUAAACCUUACCCAUUAAUUGAAGCGGCGAAAGAGGCAUUGCUCGAAGACAAUGACAAGGAUAAUGAAGACGACAGGCCAAAUUCCGUUAGUAGCAAAAAGAGACCACGAGUGCCAGAAAAUAAAAAAUCAGUCAACCGCAAUAGCGGUGGAAGCUCUAAUAAGAGAACGACGACUACUACUCCUCGACCCUCAUCGCCAAGAAGAUCGCAGCAAUCAAGAACUGGAACUAGAACAAGAACGCGUCCUUCAACACCGGAGCCAAUUGAUGAUGAAGUUAUCGAUGGCAAUGCUGAUACUAGCGAAAAUAUCAAAACAUCUAGAUAUCCCAACAGAGCUACAAAAACUCAAACAAUUACAAAUCAAAAUCGUUUCAGAACUCGAUUAAGUAAUAACGACAGAGAUAACAAAAGAAAACCACCAACUAGAACUUCUACAAACCAAAAGGCUGUGACCUCAAAUAAGAAAACUACAACUACUCCAGCGCCACCUACAACUCCGGAUCCUGGAAGCGAUUUCAAAUGCGAAGAUGAAGGAUUUUUCCCUCAUCCCAGAGACUGUAAAAAAUAUUUCUGGUGUCUGGACAGUGGUCCGAGUGGUCUGGGAAUUGUUGCAAAUCAAUUUAAUUGUCCCUCAGGUCUUGUUUUUAAUAAACUAUCUGAUUCUUGUGACUAUCCAAGGAAUGUAGUUUGUAAUAAAGCUAAACCAACCACAACAACUACUACAACUCAACGAACAACUACAACUACAAAAGAACCAGUUGAAGAAGAUUUUGUUGAAGAAGAUGUAAUUUAUGAAGAUGAAGAAGAUAUUGAAGAAGUAGAAGAAGAAAAAGUUGAGCCAGAAAAACCUAAAAAAAUAACUACUACAACUGCAAGGUCUUUAUUAUACAAAACUAUUAAUAGAAGCCGACCUGCAAGUUCUUCCACGACAGAAUUACCCUCAAGCACACAAGCUCCUAAAGCAAUUAUUGAAGAUCUUCCUGAAGACGAACAAGAUCCACGAGUAAUAAAAGAGCUUAUUGAUCUUAUAAAAAAAGCUGGUGGAAUCGAGCAACUUGAAAAGCAACUAGCAAUCCAAGAAAAAGGUUCAGCUGAUCAAGUAAAUGAUCAAACUCCACCUACAAUUAGUAAAAGUUUAUAUGACAGAGUUUUGAGUCAACAAUCAAGUAAAAAAAAUUAUUUUAACGCAAAAACUUUGAACGACAGAACUGUUAAAUUUUCAAAAGAAGACCCAGAAGAAUUAGAAUCUGUAGAGGAGGAAAAAAUUGUACGAAACAAAUCAAGAUCUAAAUUUAUGAAUGGUCCUGGUAGGACACAAUUUGAAGGUUUAGAUGAGGUUCCUGAAGUUAAGAGUUUACGACGGUCGUCUAAGCCCAAAUAUGUUACUAUCGAACGUCAUAGCUCGUCAACUGAAGCAUCAAACGAAAGUGAGUUGAAUGAAGAAGAUGAAGAUGAUUCAAAUACAGAAGAAUCAUUACCGAAUGAAAACUUGAACAGAAAUGUUCCAGUUGAAAGCUCAUCGACUCCCAGAUCUACUCCUGGGUACGCCACAAUAAGACGCACAAGACCAUCAAGCACUACUUCUACUACAGAAGCAUCUCGAUCUUCUGAUCUUCCAAAACAAGAAGAAGUUGACGAAGUUACUCCAAAAACAAGAUAUGUCAAUGCCAAUCGUUUCCGGAGCACUACAGUCACAUCUAAUCAGGAAACUGAAUCCGUAACGCCUAGAAGUACCUUCCCCAGUUCCACUUCAACAACGAAAUUUGUCGAUGAAAGUUCAAUUUCAGAUGGAAAAAUGAUUUCAAUUGAUGGUGAAACCGGUAGAAUCAGUAUUACACCUUUUGUUACAACUGAGUCACCUUCCACUGCACGUAUUUACACGGAUAGCGUCUCGACAACUGUCAAAACAACUAUUCCUAUUCCUCAAGAUAGUACUCCAAAUACUAAUCCAACGACGAAACAAGAUUUGCCCACCUUCACGCCAACUCCCAGAAUUGCUACAAUAGUUGAUAGUGUCACUGAAUCCUUACCAUCCGUAACUCCUUCCGAAUCAACUUCUCGCGUAACCUUAGCAGCAGUAUCUCAACCACGUCCUUUCGGUUACCACCGAAGAGGUAGACCGACAACAGCUUCACCGACUACUUCCUCGAACUUAAUACGUAGUUCAGUAGUAGGAAAUGAACCAACAUCAAGAACCAAGGUUAAAACGUCGAGGAACCCAGGAUCGAAUGUUAACCAGCAACAAGUCAACUCACCACUACAUCGAGUCUAUACUACCCCGGCGAGAAACGUGUACCCCGUAAGAAACAUCGUGGAUACUAAUCAUGUCCUGGCUAUAGCGCCAGAUCAAAAUGUCAAUACACAAAAUUUGGACGUUCAAUUAGCCGAAGCACAAGCACCGAUUUCCUCCACCUCUAAUUCGGGUAACUCAGCGUUCUCCCGAGUUAACGCCAAUUUCAGGCGCAGGAUCAGCACGACGGUCUCCCCGCGAGAGAUUGAGAGCCUACAAGAAUUUAUCGUACCGAACAACAACAAGCUGAUCAGCCCGGAACAGAGGCGUCAAGGACACAAGCAUUUGGACUCCGUCAAUGUAGCUUCACAAUCAUCGUACAGAGUGCAUGAAUCUAAACCGUUAAAACCCGCAGUUUCAGAUUAUGAUUACUAUGAAGAUGAUGAGGUAUCGCAAUAUGUAACAUCUUCUGAUGGCAAAAUCGCAAUAACAAGCCAAGGUUACAUCAAGUGCCUUGACCAAGGAACUUUUGCUCAUCCUAAUAAUUGUAGAAAAUUCAUAUCAUGUGCUAAAAUUGUAAACGGAGUUACCAUUGGUACAGAGUAUUCGUGUCCAAGUGGACUGUCUUUCGACCCAGUUGGUGGAAUGUGCAAUUGGGCAGCAGGUCUUGGAUGUGAUUGA